UCGAAGAAAACUAGCCAACUGAACUACGGGAGGCAAAAAAAACAAUAACUAAUAAUCAUCACCCUGGAGUUGUUGAUGUUUGGUAUCUUCAUAUUGGGGAAAAACUUCGUUUCAAUGGAGAGAGUGAGCGAGAGAGAGAGAGAGCAAACCCCGAAUAAGCAACUACAUCUAGAAACAAGUCCCGAAAAACCCGCAACUAAUGGUGCGUUCAAACCGGACGCGACGCGAAUUUUUCGCGCGGGUAGAUUCCAUACAAAAAACGUACCAUAACAGUAUUUGUAAGCGACUUUUCCCAAAAAAAUAAGCCCUCGCGGAGGGACUACGAAGGUCGACGGUGAACUAACCGCAACACGAAGACAGCAGUCCAGUGCGCGAAGCACUCGGGUCUUUACGUAAACACGAUAUGACCCGAAGGGAAAACUCGUCCCACUGGUCAACCGACUGUACAGAGGCUCCUCCACCACUGGGUCCAACCCUCUCUCCGCCGGCGAAAUGAGGCGGUGGCGAGCGGUUGAAUGACGGCCGUGGCUCUAUUGACACUUCAGACACUCACCGGCCUCCACAUUUCACCGAGUACACACUCAUCGGAUGAAAGAGGAAGAGCGCACCGGAUCAUUGGCUUUUUUCUUUUUUCCUUUUUUUUUUUUUUACCACCGCGGGAUGCUGCGGACUGCUACGGGACGAGACGACGGUGUCGAGGCUGAGCGGACCCCGGACGAAUUGACAGGUUGACGAUCCGCGUUUGUCACCGAGCAGGGUGGACCCAGAAGACAAAAAGUAAAUACACAGUGCGGGGCUCAAUGGGAAACAUAGGCACACGUUGGAGGGAGGAAUAGGCGGCGCCUGCAGAUUCCUGGAAACAGACGAGCAGCCGACCAGAAUGACACUUUCAACGUCUGCGACUCGGGAGUUGAUUCGCUGAAGUUGCCGCUCGGGGAGCCGGGCCACAGGCAGCGUGUCUGCGAGCGACCGUCUGCCUUGUACGUUUCUGACGGAGAGAGCCAAUCAAGUCUGUUAUUCGAGUCGAUGCUCUUAUGUCAGUGACCUAUAUCGCAUGCAUAUGCGCCGAGAGCGCGCAGUGAACCUCGCCAGCAGACAGCCGACAGCAUGGGGAUCAACGGGCUAGACAACCAAGCGCAGCCGCCCGGCGGAGUGUGCCGGGCGGAGCAGCCGGCCGCGGAUCCCGACGUGGAGCCGAGGGAUGCUCCGCGAGAAACGGACGGGAGCCCGAAUGACCAGGCGGAGCGCAAAGCCGCGCGGGAGGACAGCGGCGUGCAGCUGAUCGAGGCCGGCUGCACGCCGCCCGUCCGCCCGCCGUCUGCCUCGGAGGCGCGCGGCCACGCCGCCGAGUUCGUCCCGCCCGAGGGGGGGUUCGGCUGGCUGGUGGUGCUCGCCGCCACCUGGUGCAACGGGUCCAUCUUCGGGAUUCAGAACUCGUUCGGCAUCCUGCACAUGAUGCUGGUGAAGGAGCACGCAGACCCAGACGACCAGACGUCUCAGUUCAAAGUGGCCUGGGUCGGGGCCUUGGCCAUGGGCAUGAUCUUCUUUUGUUCACCUGUGGUGAGCAUGUUCACUGACCGUUUCGGCUGCAGGAAGACAGCGGUCGGCGGGGCGGCGCUGGCUUUCAUAGGCUUGCUCAGUACAUCCUUUGCCAACUCCCUGGGCCUUCGUUACUUCACAUACGGCAUACUGUUUGGCUGUGGCUCCUCCUUUGCAUUCCAGCCCUCACUGGUCAUCCUCGGCCACUACUUCCGCCAGCGCCUGGGCCUGGCUAAUGGCAUGGUGACGGCCGGGGCCAGCCUCUUCUCCAUGGGGCUCCCGGUUCUCCUCAACAAGGUGGUGGAGCCUCUGGGCCUCAGCAGGACCUUCCAGAUCCUCAGCCUAUUCAUGCUGGUCCAGGCCCUGCUGGCGCUGACGUUCAAACCAUUGCUGCCCGCGGGAGGAGGCAUGGGACCACCAGGCAUGGGACCGGGCCCCGCUGAAACCCAAACCCAGCCGGGGGCUACCGCUCAGGGGGGGAGUGUGUGGAGUAGGACUCUAGCUGGGUUCAGAAAAUACUUCAACCUGCGUGUGUUUCACAUCGUGACGUAUCGGCUGUGGGCGUUUGGAGUAGCUACAGCUGUACUGGGCUACUUUGUGCCAUACAUACAUCUGAUCAACUUUGUGAAGGAGCGGUUCAAGGACACCCAGAAGGAUUGGGUUCUCCUGGUGUGCAUAGGCGCCUCAUCCGGGGUGGGACGUCUUGCCUUUGGAAAGAUUGGAGAUCUCAUUCCUGGGCUUCAAAAGAUCUACAUGCAGGUGGUGUCCUUCAUUGCUCUGGGCCUGAUGUCUAUGAUGAUUCCUCAGUGCACUGUGUUCGAGGGCCUGGCGGUCGUAUGUGUGUUCCUGGGCUUGUGUGACGGCUGCUUCCUCACCAUGAUGGCUCCCAUAGCGUUUGAGCUGGUCGGGCCCAUGCAGGCCUCGCAGGCCAUCGGCUACCUCCUUGGCCUCAUGGCUCUUCCCAUGACAGCAGGGCCGCCAAUCGCCGGUCUCCUACAUGAUUACUUUGGGAACUACACUGUGGCCUUCUCCCUGGCCGGGGUGCCUCCUAUGGUGGGGGCUGUGGUGCUGUUCUUUGUGCCCCUGAUGCACUCCAGGCUCCAGCGAGGCCAGGCUGCGGCGUCGCCGGAGGAGACGUCCACGACUGCCCACAUGUUGCCCUCUGCCACACUGGCGGACGAGCCCAAGAGCCGCUCCAACGGAGACAUCCUCCCUGGCUACACUGACGUGGAGACACACAUCUGAGUCGCACUGUACAAAGGGAUUCGGCCCACCAGCACCUUUUUCUCAUCCUUAGAUUGCCCUCCUCACAACCGUGGACCUCUGUUCGCUGAUCUUUAAUCCCACCUGGCCCUUUGUUAUUUUCACGUGGAGAGAAGUCGAAUCUCUUGCAACGAGCUGCAGUGAGGACAAAAAUUCUGGCACAUCAGGGUGGGAUGAUGGAACCGUUUGAGGAGGAUAAGCACAACAAAGUCUCAACCAGGAUUGUUUUAUCAGUGGGGACUCUGUUGUAAUAGAAGUUACACUUCUAAGAGGAAAGAAAUGAAGAGAUUUUACCUGACAGUGGUAGUUUCUGAUUCCACAGUAGUUAUGACUGGAAACAUUUAGAGUCAUAAAUAUAAAGGAUUGUCAUAUUGAUGACUAAAAAUGACCAUUCUGUGUUUUUAGAAUCCAUAUAAACACACUAAGGGGCAUAUUAAAAUAUGCCUCUUACUAGUGAAGGGAUAAAGUCACAAUUUAUUUAUGUAGUACUUCAUACAUCUAAUUUGUUUUCAACACAAUGCAGGUUUUUUUCUUGACUUUAUUCUACUAUUUUCUGCUGAGCCAGCUACAAGAGAAUCAUAUGUACAAUAUCUGUUGUGAAUGUCACAGGGAAACUAAGAGACAGUUCUUCAAAGAGACCAGCCACCAGACACAAUCACCUCAAAUCAGCCGCACACUGUACCACACUGUACUCGAAGUCAGGGUCCAAAACGUUAUCAUACUCAACCCGCCUGCCUGCAUGGGAGACAGACGUCACGUGACCGUAGCAGCUGUUGAUUCCACUGAUUUAUAUAUGCCAUGAUUUCUUUUUUUUAUCACCGUAUGAUUAUAGGUAAGUGACUUUGCAGCAUGUAGCAAGUUAACAUGUGGCAGGCACCUCUUGCCCGGAUAACUGAAACUAAACGCUACGGCAGAUGCAAAGUCUCCCGGUGAGUCAGCCUUAACGUUCAGCUUUUGUUUUGAUUUGAUGAAGAAUUGAGAAUUUUCGCAGCGUGCUAGACAAAUCCGCAUGAACUGUUUUUGCUUUGACUUUGAGCAAAGUUUUGUAGUGUGCACAUAGUUCACUCGUUUGAGUUAAAAAAAAAAAAAAGCUCAAAUCAUGCCAGGCCUAAUGGGAGAUUCACUGCUGUCAAUAGCUUUAGAUUUUAAUCAUUAUUAACGCAAGGCAUUUUCUUCUUUUUAGUUGAAUGUGUGUGCAUUUGUGUGUGUGUGGCACCUGUGCAUCUGCAUUUUAACAGUAGCGGCAAUUAUGUAAUAUGAAAUUUAUAUGUUACAGUCUGUCGAUCAGAGGCGGGACUACUGCCAAAUCUCACAGGAAAAAACAAACAAACGACCAUUAAUCUGCUGCUGUAGUUUAGUGUCGUGGCGAGCGCCUCAAUCGCUGUGUUCGCAGUGAUGACACACGAAGCAUUACCGCCUCUGUUUUGUAAACAUCUGGACCACUUACCUCUGCACUCUCAGAUUACACAUCCUCCUCAACAGUGAACUGUGAUGAACAGGUGUGAAGUAGAGCUGCAAUAAUUGACAGUUAAAGCCUUUUGAGUUUGAGUUGGCACUCUGUGGUUUUAUGCAUAAGUGAAUACCGGAGGGGGGAAAAUGGGAAAAGGAAAAUGCCCCGGUGUCGAGGUGGUAUUCUGUUCUAUCAACUCCCCUUGUUGCGUUCGCUGCCAUUAUUCAGCUUCUGUUACAACACUCUAGGGCCUAACAGCUACACUCACUGUAGUAGUGUAGUUUCUUUUUUUUUGCAGGGAGGGAGGGGGCGGUGGGUAAUGCUACAUUAUGAACUGUUCUGAAUAGAAAACAUACACUUAUACCUCAGUAAUCAGCCAAUCCUCAGCAGUCUAGUUGAACGCGUUGACAUUCUCCGUUAACUUCUAAGUGGUUCUUCGUGGCAGUCUGAAUCAAGAGACCACAAAUUUGCCAAAUGCCUGUUUUUUCUUCGUUUGCUUCCUCCAUGAAAACCCCCUCAAGACUUCCAUUCCCCGUGAACAGUCGGUGCGAGAUUCAUCCUUCCUGUUUUUGUUGCCUUCAUAUCCAUUUUCUCUGCCGUUUUGGAUCCUCGUCAUUAUCUGCUCCCUGUUACCACUUCCUAGGAAAAUUGCCCGAUUGUCGUUUUCCAUAGCUUGUCGUUGUCACAGCCUGAUUUCCAUGUCUGUGAUUCAAAAAUACUUACAUGUUUAAUAUUCUUAACUAGUUAGAGCAGACAAGUAACCAUAAGCAGUGGAGACAUAAUUGUUAUAGUGUGUAAAGCAAAAACACAGGCCUCUGAUUUGACUGAGGCCUUAUUUAAAUCUUAAUCUGUUAUUUGCAGCUGCUAUUAGGACACAGAAAAAGCUGGGGGGGGGGGGGGGGGGAAUUGAAACAAUGGGCUGCGUGAGCUGUCCAUGUACAGUACCAGCUUUAUAAGCUAACCAAUAUCAUAAUUUGUGAACACAAUUUUUUACUUACAUUUUUGGCCAAUUUUGAGAUUCAUCUCCCUCAAAACCGUGACAGACCACAUGAACCUGAACACACUGCUUCUGCACAGUGAUAUGAUAUUUUAAAAAAUUAACCCAAUUAGAUUUUCAAAAUAAGUCAGCUUUUCUUUGUCACUUUCAAAUAAUUGAUUUCCAGUACUCUGUUUUCAUUUUGCUAUCAUGAAGUUAAACUUAAAGUACAGUUAAACUGUCUUCUUGAAUGAUAAACAGGGUAGCUGUGAAAUUUUGAAACGCAUAUUCGUAUUCUGCUGCUUUGCACAGCACUUACUCAGAUUUCUGUUACUGCCCCCGUGAAAGCCUAACGCUGAGUGUUAUUGACAAGUUGCACUAGUUUGCUGCCACAGAACUAGAGGCAUGAUGGCACUAAAGUCGCAGAAUCUAGCGAAUGGAUGAGUGAAUGAAAAGUCUACAGAGGACUAUAAACCUCUGGCAGCCAUAUUGGAGGACCUCGGCCUUAUGGUUAACAACGGCUGCACAAAACGUAUCCAUCUCCACAAAAUUAAUUGAUUUGUGCGAGGGUUUUUUUUUUUUUGACUGAACUAUUUUUUUUUCCUUUUUCUUAUUUUGUGUUGAAUAUGUCACCUUGUUACAAAGCGGCGUCACUGUUUAGAAUUCCUUCGAAGAGACAAGGACUAAAAUUAAGACAUUGGAGUCACAGCAAUUCGCUCAAUCAAGAAAAAAAAAAGUAUCUGCCUUACAGAUACACCAGAACACGUUGCUUGAUUACAGAAAAGCUUACAAAGUGGUUUGUUUGUUUUUUUUCAGAUCUUAAUGUGACUUUUUACUGAUUCUUUUUCUCUUUUGGUUAUUGUAACUUUCUGUCCACUUAGUGACUCGCCUGAGUCCGCCUCAGAUUCUGGUCAGAACCAGCUGAGUUGCUCCUUUUACUGAUCUACUGUAGAUUAAAAUACAGUAACCUGAUGUAUAUCAACAUAUGUACUUUAUACACUUUGGAAUGUGUUUUUUUUUUUUCUUUCAUUAACCCUUAAAAUGUUUUAUUGUUUUUAAUGUUUGAUUUGUGUUUAUCUGUGUUCUGAUGAUACAAUUCAAUGACUACUGGAAAAGAAAAAAAAGCCGAACUGUUGAGUUGGUUCAGAUUUAGAUUGUAUAUCUAAAAGUGAAGGAGCUGGACGCAUGAAGAAGGACCCAGUACAGCUGAACGGUCACCCGUUCUGCGAAACCAGUGCUUGCCAAAGUGUCGGGCUCAUGGUCCACCGCCGGUGACCGCUUCACUCUCUGAAGUCUGAACAUAGUUGCCCGCAGUAGUUUCAGGAACAGCUGGAUCCACAGUAGAGCCCCGUCUAUAUUUUACCGAAACUACAUGUAUAAUACUAAUACUACUACUUAUCACUCAUUGUUUAAAAAACAAAACAAAAACACAAUUGUUUUUUUAUAAUUAUAAAGUUUUUGAAACUGUUUCCCCCUGAAAAUCAAUAUGGUGAAAACUUCACAUUUCUCCUAUGUUUACUUUUCUUUAUCUUCUGCCGGUGACAACACAGACUAUACAGGUCAGAGAUCCAUAGAGGCACAUUCAACACAAUGGGCUGCACAUGAAUAUCAUAUUAAAGCAUGUGGUAAAGCCAGCGGGCGUGAUUCUUCCCAAACAGGUGCGAAACAGGUCAAAUGAACUAAAGUGCUCUUAACGGUCUGUGAUAUGAAAAUCUCAUGGUUACUUCAGUUUGUGAUAUUUUAUUUCACCGUCGUUUCAUUCAGCAUGAACUUAAAUUUCCUGCUGACAUCUUUUGUCCACUCGCCAGAAAUCAGAGCCUGGCUUCUCGGUCUUGCGUCAUCAGACUUUCCACUGGCAGAGAGGGGAGAAAAAAAAGGAAAGCAAAGAAAAACACCCAACUUAAAGUGAAUUCAAACUACUGUAAUAUUGAGCCUUGUUAUUCUGCGCUCCAAUGUGCCAUUUCCGCUGCUCCGCUGACCUCAAUCUCUGCUUACAGUUUAGCUGCUGUGCUUUUCCUCUGCUUGAAACCACACAAGCAGCAUGUGAUGGCUGAGGGUCUAUAUAUUAUACAGCUGGGACGUGGUAAAAAAAACACCUCAUAGACUGCCAUGGACCAUUUCUACCCUGGAUAUGUUUUUGGCACUGUUCCCAGCACCGUUCAUAACGUUUCACUUUAGUGAAGUAAUGUUUUUGUUGCUCCUAGUCACACCUGAAUAAUGUAUAGACUUUUCACGUGCUGUUCUUUUAUACUUCAUGCAUAUCUUCCUUUAUCUUAUCUUUUACAGCGAUAAAUCUUCAAACUAUUGCAGGUGAUAUAUUCUCAUUCAUAUUUGUGUAUGGUCCGAGGGCAGCAAUUGGCCAAAGACCUUCCCACAGCUUCACAUGUUGAAAUACGAGUGAUAUUUCAGUGCAGGGCUCUGCUUAACUUUCCUUCUUUAACCUCCAGUAAGGUUGCUGCAUUUAAACCUCUAUUGCCUCUCCUCCCCUCUUAAAGCUACAAGCUUCUGUCGUCCCUCCACAAGAUAUACCCCUUUUUAUGUAUAAAUACAUAUUUCUGUUUUGGUCAUUUUACAAAAAUGUUCUAACAGGGCCAGUGGCUUCACAAGAUCUGAAAUUAAGACAUGCUGCUAGAGAAAGAAUUAAUGUGAUCUGUGUUUUUGUCAAAGUCAUUUUGAAUUUGUAUAAAAAAAAGGCACAUUUUUUUGCUAAUAAACCAACAAUAAAGAUGUAACAUGAAAACAA